AGCACAUUUCAAUUUCCCGGAUGUCUGCGAACGGAGGCUUUUGCAAGUUUUCUUUAUGAGAUACUGGUGUAACUAAGCACCAAAAUUUCUCUCUCUCUCUCUCUCUCUCUCUCUCUCUCUCUCUCUCUCUCUCUCUCUGGGCGGCCGGAAGGAAUGGCGUUGGAGAGGCCAGACCCCGGAGCCACGAAGGCGGAGGCACCGCCCAAGCAGGUGGCGCUAGCUAUGGAGCAGCUGACGGAGGCAGCGCGGAUCAUCGCCGAUAUCAGGGUGGGGGCCGACCGCUUUCUGGAGGCGCUCUUCGUGGCUGCCUCUGCCCCUCCCUCCGCCCGACCCAUCCACCUUAUCCAAGGCGAGGAGUCGGCUAUGCAGGAAAACCUCCAGAAGCUCCGAUUAAUCGGGAAAAAGCUAGAAGCAUCUGGAGUGUUAACUGGGUCCAACCGAACACGAGGAAGUCCUUGGGGUUUGCACAUGCCACUUGUUUGUCGUGAUGGUUCUGUGGUUGCAUAUGCUUGGAAGCGGCAACUGGCUGGUCAGGCUGCUGCUUCAGCGGUUGAUAGAUCCAGGUUAGCUCUCAAAGCGUUUGCAGAUCAGAAGAAGCGCUUCUUUCCACACCUUGAAGAUGAGAUGCACAAUCAGAAGCACUCUGGGGAGUUUGGUGCUUCAAAGAAACUUGCCACCUCAGUAUCAUCAGUGGUGGUUCAUAAAGAUGAGCCUUAUUCUGAAAGAAGUUUAUCUGACAUUCUAAAUGACAUAGAAGCAGAAUCAUCCUUCGCAAAAAUCUCUACUUACCAACGUUUGGAUUGGUUAAAAAGAGCCUCUUCAUUAUCUCCAUCAGCAAAUGAACCCCCUGGGGAGACCUCAAAAGAAAACAAUGUCCAUACCUCAAGUAAAAUACGGGCAGAAGUGCAAGGUGCACCAGCUUUGGAUCAAAUUGCAGUCAUAGAAUUGUUGGUUCCGUCUGUCUUCAGAGCUGUAGUGUCACUAAAUCCAGCUGGCUCCAUCAACCCUGAUGCAGUUGCCUUCUUCUCCCCAGAUGAGGGUGGUAGCUAUAUCCAUGCACGUGGUUCAUCAGUCUAUCAUGUAUUUCGAAAUAUCACGGAAUAUGCAGACAGGGCACUUCAAUAUUUUCUUGGUGCUGAAGGCCAUGGAUCACUUCAACUACUUCUGCGUUGGAUUUGCAGCUACCACACACUGUUUAGCAAGGUUUGCAGUAAAUGUGGGCGUCUGCUAGCUUUGGAUAGGCAAUCUUCCUUGCAUCUGCCACCGGUCUGUCACACUUAUCGGCAGUCACAUGUGACUAGAACUGGUGCAUAUUCCCAGAUGCCUUCAACACUGAAAGACCUGCAUUCAGAUCCUCCGAAGGCAUAUCACUUUGGCUGUUCUCCAGAUGACAUCUAGGUCUGCCUGAUCGAAGUCCUCCGCUAAGCACCGACCUGUACCUUAGUUGACUGAUCAUGCUAGAUGAAACGCAAUAUUGGAUGUAUAGAAGUUACAGACCCUAACGUGAUCUCUGAUAUUUGGUUGCAAAGCUUCCUUUAGUUCAUUUU